CAUGGAAGACAGCGCACGGAAAGUUUGAGAGUUUUCUUCAGUCUACAGUGUUUGUUAAUGGGACUCCCGGCGUUUAGGAAGUGUUUGGAAUUGAUUUCUGCUCACAGACACGCGUGAGACUUUCUCACAGUGGACGGGAAAUUAUUUUACAGCUAUUUUAUUUUGUUCUAAAUUGGAUUACAUCCGUAAUGAAACGAAAUAAAACAUACGCAUCACAACCGUGAGGAACUCGAGCGAACGGAUGUCGUCUUUCUCCUGGACAUUUCAUUUGUGCUAUAUCAUUUUAAGUCUUUUCACGGAACGUACUUUGAUGACACCCAAGAACAGGAAGUGAGAUUCAUGGCCACCGUCCCCAUCCCGCCACCCCCGAUCCCUCCUCCUCCUCCACCUCCGCCCCCUCCUGCCCCGGCCAGCGGUCUGACCCGCGCAGACUCGGGCCGCAAACACCGACUGCGCAAUCUCAACUGGGAGCGGAUCCCCAAAGAGCGUGUGGAGGGCCGUGAGAGUGUGUGGAGCGGCUCUCUGGAUGAGGACACUGACCUCUCCAUCGACCUCAACUCUCUGGAUGAGCUCUUUGGGCAAAAAGAGGGCGGCAAGCCAGACAGGGCCAGCGGGUUUCGGCGUAGUUUGCUGAGGUGCGGGUCUCCACAAGAGAUGAGUGUGGACAAAGUUACACUGCUUGACUCAAAACGCAGCAUGAAUGUUGGGAUAUUUCUGCGGCAAUUGAAAAUUGCUUCUCGGGAGAUAGUGGAGGAUGUGAGACGAGGAGCUGGAGAGCGUUACGGAGCUGAGAAACUGGCUGAACUCUGCAAGCUUCUGCCUGAUAAUGAAGAGGAGGCCAGGUUGAAAAAGUUCAGCGGUGACCGUAGUUUACUAGCAGAGCCGGAUCUCUUCAUUCUCUUACUGGUGGAGUUACCCAGCUUUCGCAUGCGUCUGGACGCCAUGAUCCUCCAGCAGGAGUUUGACCCCGCGGUGACCUCUCUCUGUGUGGCGGCCAGAUGUCUGCGGGAGGCGGCUCGAGAGCUGCUGAGCUGCCCCGAGCUUCACUACAUCCUGCGACUGGUGCUCAAGGCGGGGAACUACAUGAACGCUGGUGGUUACGCUGGGAAUGCUGCUGGAUUCAGGAUUUCCUCUUUGCUCAAACUGGCCGACACCAAAGCCAACAAACCAGGCAUGAACCUCCUCCACUUUGUUGCUAUGGAGGCUGUGAAGAAGGAUAAAGACUUGCUGAUGUUUCCCAGCCGCUUGAGUCACGUCGGUCCAGCUUCAAGGUUGUCAGAAGAGUCUGUGGUGGAGGAUGUUUCUCGCCUACAAAGCAGAGUGUCGGAUCUCAGAGUCCGAGCUCAGGCCGAUGCUGAAAUCCAGCAGCAGACCAGAACGUUUCUAGAGGUUGCAGAGGUGAGGCUGAAUGAAGCUCAGGAUGAGCUGGAAAGCUUACAGAAGACCAGCAAAGCUCUGGUGGAGUUCUUCUGUGAAGAUGACAAGACCUUCAAACUGGAGGAGGCCUGUCUGAUCUUCCACGGCUUCUGCCAUCGGUUCCAGAGAGCCAUGCAGGAAAACACAGAGAGGGAGUUACAAGAGCAGCGGCGCGUGGCACGCGAGCGUGAGAAUGUGGAAAAGCGUCGUUCCCUGGCUCUGUGCACCGGACUGGAAGCGGAGCGCGAAUCGGACGACCUGGAGCACGCACUACAGAGGAGCUUAAGUUACACGGGGAGCCGCCGCAGCCUGCGCAGACUCUCGCAGUACUUCCUCCGCUCCAAUGAGAGAAACAUGAAAUCUGACAACCAACAGCAACCAAACUCAAACCUUCAUCCCGAAGGAUUCAGUAGAGACUCCCUACAUAAGAAUGAUGAGGAAACUGAACCAACACUCAAACAAGCUCAGUGUUUAAGCACAGAUUCAGUGUGUGGCCUUCAACAAGAUGCAAUGGACUCAACAAACCCUAAGAAAAGCCAUUCUAGGUUGAGUACAAGGACAGUCCCCAGUGAUAAGACUUUUGUUGCUUUGGGAAAAACACGUAUCACGUCACAUCAGCAGGGGGCAGUGAAUGUCUUGCCGCUCACAGGACUAUCCCCUAACAAAGUUUUGAAAGUUGAGAAACUGGUUCAAGACGCCUCUGAAAGGCUGACGCAGAUAGCGACAGAUGCCUUGGAGGAUGCUGAGAAGAAGGAUUGUGUAAAUGGCAAAGAGUCUCAAAGAGGAGGCACGCCACAGACAGAAGCCGAGACAGCCACUUGUCUGUUGGGAGAGACGUGGACAAAUGCGUCCUCCCCUGCUGAAGCUAGUCCUCCUCUUGCCCAGGAGCCAUGUAGCCCAGAAAGUGGGCAUGUUUACCCGCGGGUUGGAGAGACGCUGGAGUGCCACACGCUAGUGAAGGGCCUACGCUCCUACGAGAGCCUUUCGCCAACCGUGACACGACCAGCCCCAAAUCACUGCUCCAAAUGGAAGAAAGAGCGGGAAGCUGAGGAGCGAGAUGGCGCAAGCUCACCCCAUGCGAAGGAUGAUUGCCGUCAGGUGAAAACACCCACUAGAGGACCAUCUAAAAGACUGCUGGUACCCCGAGGAGGGCCUCCCAACUGUAGCGGGACUCCAAGAGUGCACACGAAGUCGACUCCUGCCGAUAGCUUGUCGCGCCCUUCCCCUGUGCGUCCCACAUCCAUACGCACAUCGCUAAUGACAAGCUUCACUGGUGUGCAGAAUCAACUCAAACGCAACAGCAGUGCAAGGCAGAAGGUGAGCACCCCGUCUGAUACGGGGAAAUUAAAGAGUAACGCUGCCGAGAAGUUGAAGCAAGACGAGGACAAGCGGCGUGAGCAGUUUGUAAGAGGCUCGCCACUUCGUGUGUCCAAACGGCUAGCGCCCAACUCUGAAUCCCCAGCUUCCCGCACCGUACACAGUCCCACCGCUGCUACGACUGCAAAGACAAUCCGCACGGCCAUCAUAAGUGCAGCCAAAGCCAAGACAAGCAAGACCCCCGGCACUAGAAUCCCAGGCCCCAAAAUUCCCAGACCUGCCGCCCAACCCAUGUGGAGAUAGUAUCUGGUUUCUUGAUACUACUAACUAAAUUAAAGGAUUAGUCCACUUUUAAAUAAACUUUUCCUGAUAAUUUACUCACCCAAGAUGUCGUCAGUCGAAAAGAAAUGAAGGUUUUUGAUGAAAACAUUCCAGGAUUAUUCUCCUUAUA